GCCGAUGAUUAUUGCUUAUAAAAGCUGAUCUAAAACGUCUUCUAUUCAGUAUACAAUUGUACGCCAUGGAUUCCAGAAUUGCAGUAGUCUGUGUUGUUUUGGCUGCGUUCGCAGUGGACCAAACGGUCGGAGCGCCACAAAAAGAUGCCGUAGCCGCAAGCGGUCCCGCUUACACUACCAAAUACGACCACAUUGAUGUUGAUCAAGUUCUGGCUUCCAAAAGAUUAGUAAAUAGCUACGUUCAAUGUCUGUUGGACAAAAAACCAUGCACUCCCGAAGGAGCUGAAUUGAGAAAAAUUUUACCCGAUGCCUUAAAAACACAAUGUGCGAAAUGCAAUGCCACCCAAAAGAAUGCUGCUCUUAAAGUUGUUGACAGACUACAGAAAGAUUAUGAUGCAGAGUGGAAACAGCUUCUUGACAAAUGGGACCCAAAACGUGAACAUUUCCAAAAAUUCCAACAAUUUUUAGCGGAAGAAAAGAAAAAGGGUUUUACUAAAUUUUAACUUUAAGGAAAAGUUAACCAAUUAGUAUAGUAGUUUUUAAUAAUUUAGAUUUAUCAAUACAUAAGAAUGCAAUACCUAUAUGCACUAUUUAUCAAAUGUAUACAAAAAUAAUAAAAAUAUCAUUACUUAUUUAUAUGUACAAUUCUUGUUUGUUUGUUUUUUUAAGAUAAUAAAGGAAAUAAUCAAUA